AUGCUCUGCUUUUCAGAUAAUACCAUCCAGUCGAUUUUCUGUUGCUGCUGCUGCUGUUCCAUGCAGAAGCGGCAAAUGAGAACACAAAUAAGCCUGAGCAAAGAUGAAGAACUUUCAGAAGCUUAUACCCAGCAUCGCAGGCAGUGGUUCAGUGGCUUGCCACUUAAGAAGCAAUCCAACAGGGGUCGUAUGCAGCCUUCAAAACGCAAGCCGCUGCCUCCCCUCCCAUCCCCUGAGGUUGCUACAGAGAAGAUCCGAGUCAAGGCACUGUAUGAUUUUCUGCCCAGAGAGUCCUGUGAUUUAGCAUUAAAGAGAACAGAGGAAUACCUGAUACUGGGGAAGUAUAAUACUCACUGGUGGAAGGCAAGAGACCGUUGGGGGAAUGAAGGCUUAAUCCCAAGCAACUACGUGGCUGAAAACAAACCAACCAAUUUAGAAAUAUAUGAGUGGUACCAUAGAAACAUUACCAGAAAUCAGGCAGAACGUCUUUUGAGACAAGAGUCUAAAGAAGGUGCAUUUAUUGUUCGAGAUUCAAGACAUUUGGGAUCCUACACAAUUUCUGUGUUUCUAAAAGAUAGGAGAAGCAUGGAGGCUACCGUCAAACAUUAUCAGAUUAAAAAGAACGACUCAGGAGAGUGGUACGUGGCUGAAAAGCACUACUUUCAAUCAAUCCCUGAAUUGAUCUGGUAUCACCAGCACAAUGCAGCCGGUCUCAUGACCCGUCUCCGCUACCCAGUUGGGCUGAUGGGCAAUUGUUUGCCAGCCACGGCCGGUUUCAGCUAUGAAAAGUGGGAAAUCGACCCGUCUGAGUUGGCGUUUAUAAAGGAGAUCGGCAGCGGGCAGUUCGGAGUGGUUCAUUUAGGUGAAUGGCGGGCCCACCUGCAGGUGGCCAUCAAGGCCAUCAGCGAAGGCUCCAUGUCUGAGGAGGACUUCAUUGAAGAGGCUAAAGUGAUGACGAAAUUAUCUCAUUCAAGGCUGGUUCAGCUUUAUGGAGUGUGUAUUCAGCGGAAGCCCAUUUACAUUGUGACGGAGUUCAUGGAGAAUGGCUGCCUGCUUAACUAUCUCAGAGAGAGGAAAGGGGAGCUGAAGAAGGAAAUGCUGCUGAGCAUGUGCCAGGACAUAUGUGAAGGCAUGGAGUAUCUGGAGAGAAACUGCUUUAUUCACAGGGAUUUAGCGGCAAGGAAUUGUUUGGUCAGUUCUACAAGUGUAGUAAAAAUUUCGGACUUUGGAAUGACGAGGUACGUUUUAGAUGAUGAAUACAUCAGUUCUUCUGGAGCCAAGUUCCCAGUCAAGUGGUCCCCUCCUGAAGUUUUCCAUUUCAACAAGUACAGCAGCAAAUCAGAUGUCUGGUCAUUUGGAGUUUUGAUGUGGGAAGUUUUUACAGAAGGAAGGAUGCCUUUUGAAAAUAAGUCAAACUUGCAAGUUGUGGAAGCCAUUUCUAAAGGCUUCAGGCUGUACCGCCCCCGCCUGGCGCCAAUGUCCAUCUAUGAAGUCAUGUACAGCUGCUGGCAUGAGAAACCUAAAGGCCGCCCUACGUUUGCUGAGCUGCUGCGGGUCCUCACGGAGAUUGCAGAAACCUGGUGA